UCUGAAGUGCUACGAGUAAACUGGAAUUUGCAAAUCAUAUCAUGUAUCGUUGUGCUGCUCACGACACACAGCAUACAGCUAGCCCACUGUAUCGACUGCUUCAAAUGCGUCUCAUUCAAUGGAGCCAACAAGGCAUGCGACGAUCCCUUUCACAACAACUACUCUACCGCCAUACUGGAGUCGCCGUGCAUGGGUGGACGAAAAGGACGUAACGGUCUAUUUCCGGCGACGGCCUGCAUCAAAAUCGCCGGGAUUUAUGAUGAUACUGGCGAAUCGAUAACGGUACGAGGCUGUGCGCUGGACAGCGGUACRCUCACCACGGACACGGAAAUCAUACGUAUGUCACAUUGUGGCAAAUUCUACUACGACGACAGAUACGUACAUGGCUGCUUGCAGAGCUGCAACGAUGCGGACGCAUGCAAUCAGGCGGUGGCCAACUAUAAAAGCUCRCCGCAAGCACUGUGGCAACACUGUAGCUUAGCGUUAUUGACAUUCAUAGCGUUACACGAACAUCUGCUCGGCCUAAUCAGGUAGCAGUGCAACGGUACUUACUAGAACGUGUACGUUGRCGCAGCGUGCGUGGUGUGUUGGUAGUCAUAACUUGAUAGCAAAGCGGUGUGUUGGUGUAGUAGCGUAGUCACACACACACACCCGCACACAUAUUAGCACAGAGACACAAUGUGAAUUUACAAAUAGGUUUAAGCGUUAUUCCGCUGCUUUACAACAAGCUCAAAAGCAAGCAAUUUACAUUCACUUCCACACAUUCACAUAUCUGUAUAAAUACAYACACACACUCACUCAUACGUAUACUAUAGCAUUAAACUGCAAGCUGUUCGAAUUGAAAACGCAUUGGAAAACAAAAACAAAACGCAAUCAAUUUUCAUCAAAUCAAAUUUGUGUGCAAGCAUAGCGCUCGCUGAGUUUUCCCAAUGCAACGCACGAAAAUUUUUGCUUCGCAAAUAUCAUAAUUGGAAAUUUCUAUGUGAUCUGCACAAAAACAAAAAAAAAAAAAGAGUUGAAAGCUUACAUUUUAGUGAAUUUUUUAUCAGUGGUUGGUGCUAGCAAUCUUCCUUCAAUCCUUGCAUUUUAUUUGGAAGUCAUAUUUUUCCACGCUCUUUUGAUAUUUCUCUUCAGUAAGAUUUGCGCUUCACAUAUCGUUUUGGAGUUACUUACCUGUUGUUGUAAUGAGUGUGAGCUAGCGUUCAUUGUAUUCACUCGAUUUUGAACUUGAACUGCUGAAAACCGGUCGGCAAGUUGCUGGUACAAGAGCAAAACUAUUGAGCGCUAAAAGAUAAAGUAACAUGAGUAUAUUCCCGAAAUUUGAAAGACGCAGCUUCUUAGAGAACUUAAAAUAGAUGAUACAUUCAGUUACAUCUGUGAUAUGUUCGAUUGAACGCAGACGUGUGCAAAUUUCAAUUAGUAAUUGGGAUUUUUCGUCUAUGUACAUGAGGAACAUUUUUGAUCUAUUUCUUUAGAGACGAAAAAUAGGUGGCAGAACUUAAAUUUCUCUGUUGGAUACAGUCGGCGAUGAUUUGAAGACGUUAAACUAAAUUUACUGUUUUCAGAAAAAGUAUGUGCUUUGAAAACCAAACAAAUGGAAAAUCUGAUAUCUCGAUAGAGAAAUUCAAAGAAUUUUGAAUUGUGACAACGUCGUGCGACGCCUUGAAGCUGAAAGAUGUACUUGAUCACUGGUUGCGUCAUUGGAGGCCGAGCAAAAGUCAAAGACAACAAGUUACCGACUACUGCAUUGGCAUAAUUCAUAGUUUUUUCGCAUAUUCUGCACUUUUCCUAAGACGAAUACGAGCUCUAAUCACUUCGCUGCAUGAAAACGUGGCUGAGAACACAAAAAUCCUUUAUUUUGAAUAUUUUUCUAAGCUGGCAAAAGCUACAUAGAUGGCACUGUUGCGACGAACCGAUUUUAUGUAUUUUUGACCCAUGACGGCGUUAUAAUCAGGAAAAAAUGCUUACUUAAUAUCCUUCAACUACCUCGCAAAUUCGUCGAUAUAAAAUCAGCCACAGCUAAAACCGCACUUCGGCCAUGCUGUUCGAAAAUAUAUUAUUAUUUUCCGAUAUUUUUGGUAUAAAAUCAGUUUAAGAUAAUAAGGCCCUAGUACUCAUUUUACAAAGCCUAUAAAAGAUAUUUUGCUAUAUUUUUAAUGUAAGCUUAACCAUUGACAAUUACGUUCUUAUAUUCGGUGUCGAAUUUUACAAUCCCAUAGUCGAAAUUCGAGCAUUUUAAAUGAGUUCUUCCGAAUACUAAUACCCAGUACUUAAUUUUAUUCUGACAUUUUCGUUGAUAUUUAAUUCAUCUCAAGUAAGAAUGUAUAUAAAA